AUGCUUGAAGAUAUCGAUUCUAAAGACUACGCGCCAUUCACACUCAAUGAACUUAAGGACCUCUACGAUAACGUUGUGCGAGCACGAUCACAUGCAUACGCACCUUACUCUCAUUUCCGCGUGGGUGCUGUGAUUCUGACAACCACAGGAGAGUUUAUUACUGGAUGUAACGUGGAGAACGCCAGCUACCCAGCUGGCAUUUGUGCCGAACGCACAGCCCUUGUUAAGGCUGUUUCCGAGGGUGUUGAUCCCAAGACAUUUCGAGCGAUUGCAGUGAUUACUGAUGAAAAUGAGUUGUGUAGUCCGUGUGGAGUGUGUCGCCAAAUGAUUCGCGAGUUUGGAACUGAAAUUAGCAUCGUAAUGUUUACAAGUGAUGCAAAACAGGUCAAAAUUAUGACACUUGAACAACUAUUACCAAUGAGCUUUGGACCAGCUAAUUUGCUCAAAUAA